AAAGGAAAUCGUCUUCUUCGUUUGCUUUUGCCCGCCGUCGAUCCAAGCAUCAGGCAAGAGAGAUGGCCCAAGCGCUCCGCCUCCUCUCUCCGCCCACCACCAACCCAUCCAUCCCCAAGUUCUCGGUUCCCGCACCUCCGUGGCGCCCCCUCCCAUCCUUCCCCCGCCGCCGCCCCCGCGCCCUUCGCGCUUCCGCAUCCCUUCCCCCGCCCGAUCUCGGCCUGAUCUCCUCUGACGGUGGCGCUGGCGCUGGCGCGGCCAUCGAUGUGGACGCUGUGACCGAGGCUGAGAUGAAGGAGAACGGGUUCCGGAGCACGAGGCGGACGAAGCUGGUGUGCACGAUCGGCCCCGCCACCUGCUCCGCGGAGCAGCUGGAGGCGCUCGCUGUCGGCGGGAUGAACGUGGCGAGAGUCAACAUGUGCCACGGGAGCCGCGAGUGGCACCGUCAGGUCAUCCGACAGGUCCGCCGGCUCAACGAGGAGAAGGGGUUUGCGGUCGCCGUGAUGAUGGACACUGAGGGCAGUGAGAUCCACAUGGGUGAUCUCGGCGGCGCCGCUUCCGCCAAGGCCGAGGAUGGUGAAAUUUGGACAUUUAGUGUGAGAGCUUUCAACUCGCCUCUGCCAGAACGGACCAUCAAUGUGAAUUAUGAUGGCUUUGCUGAAGAUGUUAAAGUUGGUGAUGAACUUCUGGUGGAUGGAGGAAUGGUUAGAUUUGAGGUGAUUGAGAAGAUUGGGCCUGAUGUAAAGUGUCGUUGCAAUGAUCCUGGGCUGCUGUUGCCACGUGCAAAUCUUAGUUUCUGGCGGAAUGGUAGGCUAGUACAGGAGCGUAAUGCCAUGCUUCCUACAAUUUCUUCUAAGGAUUGGCUUGACAUUGACUUUGGGAUUUCUGAGGGUGUAGACUUUAUUGCAGUAUCCUUUGUCAAGUCUGCAGAAGUCAUUAAUCAUCUCAAAAGCUAUAUAGCUGCACGAUGCCGUGACAACGAAAUUGCAAUAAUUGCAAAGAUUGAGAGUAUUGAUUCCUUGAAGAAUCUGGAAGAUAUCGUUCUUGCAUCGGAUGGAGCGAUGGUAGCCAGAGGAGACAUGGGUGCUCAAAUUCCACUGGAAGAAGUCCCUUCUGCUCAGCAAAAAAUUGUUAAGCUGUGCAGGCAGCUAAACAAGCCUGUCAUUGUAGCUUCGCAGCUUCUGGAGUCUAUGAUCGAAUAUCCUACACCAACUAGAGCUGAAGUUGCUGAUGUUUCAGAGGCAGUUAAACAGAGGGCUGAUGCUCUGAUGCUCUCAGGUGAAUCAGCUAUGGGCCAAUAUCCAGAGAAGGCAUUGACUGUGCUCAGAAGUGUAAGCCUACGCAUUGAAAGGUGGUGGAGAGAGGAGAAGCACCACGAGGCGAUGGAGCUUCCAGAUAUUGCAUCUUCUUUCUCUGACAAAAUUUCAGAGGAAAUCUGUAAUUCGGCUGUCAAAAUGGCCAACAACUUGGGAGUGGAUGCACUCUUCGUCUUCACAAGAACAGGUCACAUGGCCUCUCUGCUUUCGCGCUGCCGCCCCGAUUGUCCAGUCUUUGCAUUUACGUCCUCGACAUCUGUGAGAAGGCGAUUGAAUCUUCUGUGGGGUUUGAUACCCUUUCGGCUUAGUUUCUCAGGCGACAUGGAGAGCAAUCUUAACCGCACCUUUUCUUUGCUCAAGGCCAGAGGAAUGAUCCAGUCUGGUGACUUGGUCAUUGCAUUGUCGGAUACGCUGCAGUCUAUUCAGGUGAUGAAUGUACCCUAGGAAGAUUUUUGCCUUAGCUUGUCCCACGUGAUGUAUGAUAAGCUGCAUAUGGCGAGCCUGUUAAGAUAGUCGUUGGCUUUGCGGGCUAAUAAUUUGUUUCCGUACUCUGUUGUCUCUUCUAGAUUAUUCAUCAUGGCUGAUGUUUUAUGCUUGAAAUUGUGAUACUUGACCUUCAGCUUGCAUAUUUCGAUCAUGUAAUUGCUGUUAUUAAGUAUUUGCCAGUAAUAUUAGUGCUCAAGUUUAGUUGAGCAGGAGCUCCUACUCUUAAA